UCCCUGCUCUCCGGCCGCCUCUGCCCCCACGCAGGUAAGAAGAGCCCACCUGCUGAGGACAAAGUCGUGCUAACACAUAUGAAGAUACUGAGCAAUGAAGGAAUUCAAAACCCAGGUUUAAUCCCAGAGGCUCCAGCUGACACAGCCUGCACGGAAGAGUCCCAUCUCCCCGGCGCCAGCCUCCCACCGGGCUGCCAGGGAAAUCCGAAUGCAGCAGCCGCACUGGCAGAUGCAGACUACGCAGAUGCCCCGGCAAGUACAGACUAUGUAGCCACACUGCCUGACCUCAGCGCCUUCGAGUCCAAGUGCCGACUUCACAGAUUCUCCAAAUUUGAAUCUGAGGACUCGGGGGUUGAAUUGCCAAGCGGGGCUAAUUCUCCGUCAACGCCGACGGGUUCAGAGAAGAGCUUUGUGCUUCACAGCAGAGACUCAUUUUGUGACUCAGGCGUGCUUAGCACCUCUUCUUCUCCAGAAAUUGACCAUCUGAUAAUGAGAACAUGUAAAGAGCAUGCCAGAAAAGUCAGCCACCAAGAUCCAGAGAGCGAAAAGCAAGCUGAGUACUACAGCCAGGAGGCAGAUGCUGUGCAGGGUCCUACACCUUCCCUUGAAGACUUCAGCGUCCCUCGGGAAGAAAGUCCCGAUGAACAUUUUGACCAGAGCAAAAGGCAAUCGCUGGAAAAGGAAGCUACCCCAGAGACGGACCUUCCCAGGGAAAACACUCCUCCCACCCCAGAUCCCAUAGAAGAGCCAAAGACAAUUGCUGACAAUUUCCCAGAGAACUUUGGCAGCAUGCAAGACCUUCAGAUCCAUGGACAUCAGCUGAAGAAGUACCCCACAAGCGACAGUCUGGAUGAAUACAUGGAUGAAUGCUGUAGACUGAGUGAGGUGAACCAAGGUAACAGCAAAGCCCUGGGAUCUGGUCUCGGAUACCUGGAACACAUUUGCCAACUGAUUGAGAAGAUUGGGCAGCUGCAGGAGCACAACCUGCGUCUCCAAAAGCAAGUGUGCAGCUUGCAGAAAGAGCAGAAGAUGAGCCAGAUAAAAGAGGAGUACCUUCUGCAGCAUUGCUCCUGUGGAGCUGCCAGCGUCUUCCUCAACUCGUACCAAGACGUGAAGACGUUUUUUGCUGGGAGGAGCAGACCUCACAGCCUCUUGGUUCAGACUGGAAACCCUUCUGAUCUUUCCAUCAUCCCAGAAAUAGGAGCGAACGCUGAAAAGCUGAACAGCUGCAAUGGAAGCGAGAGAUACCCGGAAUCAGGAAACAGCCAGCCGAUGGUGGGGCUCAGGAAGUCGUCAAACAAUAGGAACAACAAGGAGAAUGAGUUCAGAGAAGCUGGUAGUAUGGCUGAGGGACAGGCUUUUCCGUCAAAGGACCCUGCAGUAAAAAAGGGUCUGGACGUCAGCAAGAACAUCUCGGGUGAGAGCCAUGCUUGGGGGAGAAUGAGAGAUCUUAUGAGGAAGACACGGCUGAGAAACCAGAACAAGCUGGGGCUGUCCUCCGCUGCUCUGAAGAGGUCCUGCCCACAGUUGUACAGGCCAGAUAUUAUGUCUUCGGAGCUGAGGAAAACUGAGAGGAACUCCAUGAUUGUUCUGGGGCAGAAUACAAAGAAUGAAAACAUAUGGCCUUUCUGAUAACCUGGGUCAAAUGGAACAAGAAAGGCGAAGUAGGAACACCAAUGGACACGAACCCAAGAACCCCAGGGUUACUUUGUGCAACCUGCAUCCAUAAGGUUG